AUGCUUAGUAGCAAAGAACCAGGCGACGGAUUGGUGCUCAGCAUGCCGGUCGUGCUGUUGGUCGGCAUUACGGUGUUUCGGGCGGUGGCCCAUUCGCGGGACGUGUCACAGGCCACAAUAGCCGCUCAACGCAAGAAGAGCAGCGUCUCAGCCACCGUAUCACAGUUGAUGUCCGACUACAAACGGUUGAGUAAGUACGGUGGACUAUCGUUCGUUGUCUGUCCGUAUGUCUGUUAG